AUGCCGACCGUCUACGUGCAAUACGGCGUGCUACCGCCAGAAAUCCAGUUCGGCACUGGAGAGCAGCUCGAGGUCAUACACUACAUCAUCUUCCAGACCGCUGCUAUCUUCUGUCCGCCUCUCUUAUUUGUCUUCUGCGGUCUUCCGAACCGCGCUCGCUGGCGAGAUAUGCGAUACAACAUAGCCUACACCUCCAUGGGGUGGAUCCCGGGAGUCUAUCAUGCCUCACUGUUCCUGCACGACGUCUGGCGUGUUGGGCAUCAGUUAGAGCCAAAGACAUUCCACCCAAAAGCAUCAUUGCCUAUGCACUCGAAGCCCGAGAGCCUGGAGAAGCCCUCACAGUCCAGCGAGCAGUCGAAGAGUCGGAAUACAUCACAAACAGGGACAAAUGCGACACCGCCCAUCUCGAUAGCCAGUUGCCCUGCAUGUCGCCAGGAGGUGAAGGAGACACCUUCCGACAUGGUGCAGUCCCUCGAUCCUAUACAGGAAGAUGAAGGCAACUUCAGCCCUACUCCCGGAGCCUACAGCCUCACGGAAACAAACCUCGCGCGAGUGCCUUCUGGUCGAAACCCUGAGCUUGGAAUCCCAAAUAUUGUCAUUGAGCGCAAAGCGACAGCCGAUCGAUCACCAGAGAGUUCCGAAGAUUCUGAUACCACGAUCCACGCGGGGGGUAUUGUGUUUACAGAGCCUCCUCAUUCGGCCAUGGAAAGCCCCCCAUCUAUGACAAACAGACUCGCAGUCCCUUCUCGCGGUGGACCACCUCCCACAGCCGGCACGCCCCGAGCAUCAAUAGAGACGGUUUCUACCAAAGCCACGGGACGAUCGUACGGACACCAGCAACAUGUGACACAUAAGCAACUCCACAGCCGGAAUCCACGGGCCAAAAAGCACUUCACGGAAGGUAGCGAGGGCGGCACGGCGGACAAACUUUGUAAACGCCACCAGGCCGAAAAGCACCAUUCAAGCAUGCAAUCACGCCGUUCGGCCACGAGUUUGAGCUCCAACAUGUCCAUCCGCACCGCUAAGUCAUGGUCCUCGGGUCACAGCGUGAUAUCGAUGAUCAAGGGGACGGCGCACAAACCGUCAUACCUAGAGCAUAAGGAGUUCUGUCAGCUGUGCAAGCGCUGUGAGCAAUGCUACAGGCAGUUCGUUGAUCGCGAGGAAGCCAUCAUCGCUCACCAGUACAAAUCGGUCGAUGCAGGCCACAGGAAGGACGGAAGCGGCGAUAGUCGUGGGAGCGGCGACCUGGAACCAGAAUCUAGAGCGCGACACCAUGCGGAACAUCACCAUGUUGAGGGUUGUCUGUGCGUAGCCUGCACAGCGACGACCGAGCUGCCAGAUGACCUCCAGCCGCACGUUAUGGGAUGCAUGUGCCUUAGGUGUAAGCCUAAGCCAAUGCCUUGGUUUCCGGAGGAGAAGGUGGUGUCGAAGACACUGGAGAGUCUGGAACACAAACAAGCUUUGUAUUCGCGUGGCGCGCCUGGGACUGUGUUUGUCAGCCAUCCUGCCCAAACCAAAGCCCCAAAACACAGCAUCUUCAGCGCUAACACGAGUGUCCCAACCAAUGUCCCGGGGCCUAGUCUGUCGCCUGCGCGACGAAAGGAGCUCAAGCCUAGGAAGCUGCAGAGAAGAGAUGCUGGGAUGCUGAGGGGGAGGUUUAGGGUGAGAAAGAUGAGGAUUCGUGAGAGGGACCAGGAAUGGGUGAAUUGA